GGCAGGGCUGGGGCCGGGGGCGACGGUGGCGGCGGGAUGAGGCUGAGCGGGGUCUGGCUGCUGGUGCUGCUGCUGGGGCUGGCGCAGCUGGCCAUCCUGGCGCGCUGCGAGGAGGAGGACGGCGGAGAAUCUGUUACAAAAGAGGAAGCUGAUGAGGAAGACGAUGACGAUGAGGAAGACGAUGACGAUGAGGAUGAUGAUGAUUCUGAAGUUAAAGAAGAAAAUGGUGUAUUAGUCUUAAAUGAUGCGAACUUUGACACCUUUACUGCAGAUAAGGAUACUGUGCUGCUGGAGUUCUAUGCACCAUGGUGUGGACAUUGCAAGCAGUUUGCUCCUGAAUAUGAAAAGAUAGCUAAAACUCUGAAGGAAAAUGACCCUCCUAUUCCAGUUGCCAAAAUUGAUGCUACUGCAGCCACUUCACUAGCAAGUCGUUUUGAUGUUAGUGGCUACCCAACCAUCAAAAUUCUGAAGAAAGGCCAACCAGUGGACUACGAUGGCUCUCGGACAGAAGAUGCUAUUGUGGCUAAAGUCAAGGAAGUUUCUGACCCCAACUGGACCCCUCCACCAGAAGCUACCCUAGUAUUGACCCAGGAUAAUUUUGAUGACGUUGUGAAUGGUGCUGACAUAAUUCUGGUGGAGUUCUAUGCCCCGUGGUGCGGACACUGCAAAAGGCUUGCACCAGAAUAUGAGAAGGCUGCCCAGGAGCUCAGCAAACGGACACCUCCUAUUCCUCUGGCUAAAGUCGAUGCCACUGCUGAAACUGAGCUUGCUAAGAAAUUUGAUGUUACUGGCUAUCCAACUCUGAAAAUUUUCCGCAAGGGCAAACCUUAUGACUACAAUGGUCCACGAGAAAAAUAUGGUAUUGUCGAUUACAUGAUUGAACAGGCUGGUCCUCCAUCCAAACAGAUUCAGGCUACCAAACAGGUACAGGAAUUUCUGAAAGAUGGGGAUGAUGUCAUCAUCAUUGGUAUUUUUAGUGGAGAGAAGGACAAAAAGUAUCAGCUGUAUCAGGAAGCAGCUAACAGUUUAAGAGAAGAUUACAAGUUCCAUCACACCUUCAGCAACGAGAUUGCAAAACUAUUGAAAGCAUCACCUGGAAAACUGGUUGUUAUGCAGCCAGAAAAAUUUCAGUCAAAGCAUGAGCCAAAGAUGCAUGUUUUGGAUCUUAAAGACUCUACAGAUGGAUCAGAAAUUAAAGCGCAUGUGCUAAAACAUGCCUUGCCUCUAGUUGGUCAUCGCAAGCCUUCCAAUGAGGCUAAGAGAUAUACUAAGCGUCCCCUAGUGGUCGUCUAUUAUACUGUAGACUUUGGUUUUGAUUAUCGUGUUGCUACCCAGUACUGGAGAGAGAAAGUCCUGGAAGUGGCCAAAGACUUCCCUGAAUAUAUUUUUGCUGUUUCUGAUGAGGAAGACUAUUCUUCCGAAAUAAAAGAUUUGGGCCUGAUUGAGAGUGGAGAGGAUGUCAAUGCAGCAAUCCUGGAUGAAGGUGGCAAGAAGUAUGCUAUGGAGCCAGAAGAGUUUGAUUCUGAUGUACUCAGGCAGUUUGUGCUGGCAUUCAAAAAAGGAAAACUGAAGCCUAUUGUGAAGUCCCAGCCAGUGCCAAAAAAUAACAAAGGGCCUGUAAAAGUGGUAGUGGGUAAAACAUUUGACACCAUAGUAAUGGAUCCAAAGAAUGAUGUUCUCAUAGAGUUCUAUGCCCCAUGGUGUGGACACUGCAAGAAACUAGAACCUGUGUAUACUGAGCUAGGAAAAAAAUACAGGAAUGAGAAAAAUUUAGUCAUAGCCAAGAUGGAUGCUACUGCCAAUGAUGUGACAAAUGACCGCUACAAAGUGGAGGGAUUCCCCACUAUCUACUUUGCUCCGAGGGACAAGAAGAGCAACCCUAUUAAAUUUGAAGGCGAGGACAGAGAUUUAGAGCAUUUGAGCAAAUUUAUAGAGGAGCAUGCGACAAAACUUUCCAGAACAAAAGAAGAGCUUUAGAUAAGUUGAGGGUGGUGAAGAAGGAAUCGUUUGUACGUUAUAGUUAAAGCAAGUUACUGACAAAACUCAUUGAGAGAAUUCGGCAGUUUGAGCAAGGAAAUUCUUGAGCAGUAAAGCAAUUGCAGUAUCUUUUUUUUUGUAUUGCAGAAAAGGUUUUUUGUUUUUUCUGGACACUGAACUUCUCUCUGAUGUGAAUGUCUUACAUUAGUUAUGAUUUUGAUCUUUGGAGAAAAAUACAUCCUUUAUUUUUUGUGACUAUCUUGAGCUUGAUUAUUUGAUUCCAGUGCAGCUCUUUUUUAACUUAAAAGAUUUUACCAAAAAAAGAAGGGUGGGGGGAGGAAUCCCUCUGCUUCUUUUAUUCUGUUAUUUGUUGGUGUGAUUAUUGUUGGGUUUCUUGUUUGGUUCGAACCAAACUCUAUUCUAUUGUAUUUUUGUAUACAUUCAUUUGACUGUAGCAUUAUAUUUGUCACUUAGGGCAGCAAAAAGAUUUCUGAAUUGUAGACUAAUGAUCUUACUGAAAUUGGACACAGCAACAUGCUGACUAAAUAUGCCCAUGGCCUGGCUGCUUUUGUAUUGUGUAUCUCUGUAGAGAGGGUGAUGCUAAAACACUAAGUUUUUCUAGCUGGCCUGUCUAUACCAGCACAUAUUCAUCAGUCUGUCUUGGAGGUCUUCCCAAGUAUGUUUGGAAUAGAAGGAAUGCAUCCAUAAGCUUAUAGGCCAUGUCAGACUGUCCAGACUUAAUGACAUCAAGGACUAGCUUCUAAAACAGUUGAGUUGUAUUUUGGACAAAUUACUUAGAGUUCUUUCUCCUUAAAGUGCCAAAUUUUCAUUAGUCAAUAAGAAGGCAAAAUAAAGAACUUGGGAUGUUGGCAGCCUUUAAACCAUGGGGUUACCAAUGCCUAAAAUGAAAAAUCCUAAACUAAAAUGUGUUUGAAAGCAUUGCACUCAGCACAUCUGGACUAUGACUACUUUCUUGAGUAGUGAGAGAGUCCUGCCUCCAAAGGGAAAUGGGACAGAAUUGUUGGAAUCUGUAGUAAGCUGCUUCCUUUUUGGUGAUUCAGAAAUCACGACUGUGUUGCUGACUUUCUGAAAAAAAGGAGCAGACCUUACCUGUUGGGAUAAUAUUUGUUUUUAGAUUUGAGAGUUGCUAACCCCAAAGUGGGUGGAAAGAAGAGGUAGAAAGAGAAAGCUGGGUAUGUAAAGGUGGGCAGAAACCUUUUGGGCCCUAUCCAUAAAGAUGGGUCUUAUCUCUCCUGCAGUUGCUGUUGCUAGGUCAAGGAGUUAGGUGCAGCCUGAAAUGCAAUUUGAAACAACUCUUGUCAUGGGGUUACUCUGUAUGCUUUUGUCAGGUACCAGAUAGUAUGUGCAACUCUUCCUCCUUGUCGUCAUUUUUUUUUCCUUGAUAUGUUAGAGAAAAGAUGAAGUCAUUUCAAGCAUCUCCAAGCCAUUGCUUUUGAUAGGUAGCAGGUUUUUUUUUAAAAAAAAAAAGAAAAAAAGUAGUACUAUCUGCCUCUUCUCAGAGCUCUGAUGCUGCAGUGUGUGCCACUAGUGCAUGUGUCACUAGAGCAAUUUUGUUACAACUUAGUUUUACAGAUAAAGCUCCUUGUGUGUGCUACCCUGUCUCAUAAAAGACCAGUACAAUCA